UCAGACUAGCUGCUUCGAUGGAACUUUCGUCUACGGCAACGGUAAAAGCUGCUAUUUUGGUUGUUAUUAUUUGGCUGGUGAUUGUUUCAUUGAAGAAGGCGUUUGGAAGACCCAGUGGAAGCAUUCCCAAUGGCGCCCGUCUGCCUCCUGGGCCCUCAAGCCUACCUUUACUGGGAAAUAUCGAAACCCUGAUUAAUGGCCUGAGUGCUUGUCGUGCACUCGCCUGGUCCCGUACAUACGGGCCGGUUAUCAGAGUUAUGGCUGGCACGGACUGAAACAAUUGUAUUAAAUGACCUGAACUGAUCCGAACAUUCCUGAACCACAAGGACCUGCUUUAUCGCCCUAGAAGCUGGAUCCUGAGUGAAACAGUUGAGAUGGGGUUCGCCGCUUACGGAGGCAAGUCAUGGGACGAAAACCGCCGUUUCUCAUUGAAACUGUUACGUGGACUAGGAUAUGGAAGACCAGCCAUGAAAGAAGUCAUCGCUGAAGGCUGUCGAUUGUUGCUGAGCGAAAUAGCAAAGUCUCAAGGAGAGCCAAUAGACCUGUUCGACCUGAUCUUAGCCAGCACUUCCAGCAACAUCUCAGUGUUCCUGAUUGGCUACCGGUACCCACUAGGACACCAAGAACACCAGCGCCUCUGUAGAGCUCUGCGAAAUGAAUUCACCACUAGUCGGAGUGUCUGCGGGGUGUUGUCUUUUCCGUUCCUGACAAGGACAAUAUCCCGGUACCUGCCAUUCUCUCUGAUGGGCAAAAUUAUUGGAGCCAUGAGGACGAUAGAGGAUUUUGCAAGCACCCACCUUCUACAUCACAUGGAAACAUUAGACGACAAGGAAGAUCGUGACUUCAUGGACGCCUAUCUAAGAAAAUGCAAAGAACAUGACCAGCACUCCGCUUCAACCCACAAUUUGUCUGCACUAACAGGCAACGUUGUUACUUUCUUGCUGGCUGGCGCUAUCACCGCGGCGGCGUCGUUAAUGAGAGAGCUGCUGCUGGUCGCUGCCAACGUGGACACCAUACAGGCGCGUAUACAACGAGAAGUAACUGAUGCUGUGGGUGGCGAGCGUAAGCCGUCCUGGGAAGAUAGAUUGUCGACUCCCUACACGAUGGCCUUUAUCUGGGAGGCACACCGGAGAUACCCCAUGCUUCCACUCGGAGUGCCCAGGCGAGCUUGUCAAAACGUUAUCAUUGGCGAAUACUUCAUUCCGGAAAAUGCGACUGUGGUGACGAACACCUGGGCACUGCACCAUGAUCCUGCAAUUUGGAAGGACCCAAAUAAAUUUGACCCGACACGUUUUUUGAAGAGUGAUGGCUCACUGUCACAAGAGGAGCUUCAGCGAGUGAUUCCCUUUUCUGUGGGCAGAAGAAUGUGCCCUGGCGAAAUCUUCGCUUCUGCCGAGAUAUAUAUAUACUUGACCAGCAUCCUUCAGAAUUACCGCAUCGUUCCAAUAAGCGGCAGUAAUGUUCACGCGGAUUGCAAAUACAGUGAGAUUAUGAAGCUCGACCGACACAAGAUGCGCUGUAUACCACGAACAAACGUAACACAAUGAUGUGUUCUGUUUUUAAUACUGUAUGGCUUGGUCAUUCCAUUUCACACCCUUAGAAGGUGGGCGUCGGUUUAGCGAUCUGUUGUAAUCCAAUAAUAUCUGCCAAAUGGAGAGGCCCGUCUGGGCUACCUUAUAUACUAUCCUUGUAUGGCAGCAAGUGAAAUUGUUGGUGUGUAUUAAGAAAUAAAUAUUGUUCUGGUUCCUUUCCUU